UGACCAUAUUAUCUUAUCUUUUAGUACCUUGAUAUAUCUCCCUUCAUCUUUCUGGGUUUCAUAUGAUGUUUUACUCUUGAUCAUCAAACAAAAAAAAAAAAAAAAAAAAAAAAAACAUCUUUCUUGGUGUCAUAACAUGUUGUAAUCUGGGUCUUGAAACAAACCCAAGAAUGAACAGAUUUGCAGCACUUAUCUUUCUUGUGCUGCCAUGUUUCUUUGCAGUGGAAACAACAGCAUCAGCAAGAACAGAAGCUGAAGCUCUUCUCCAAUGGAAGACAACCCUCUCUUCUUCUUCUUCAAUCAAUUCCUGGUCACUUUCCAACGUAAGAAGCCUCUGUAAUUGGACAGGCAUUGUCUGCAAUGGCGGCAGAACAGUUUCUGAGAUCAACCUCCCCAAUGCAGACCUCUCAGGCACUCUUGAUCACCUCAAUUUCACUUCUUUUCCCAGCCUCACUGGUUUCAACCUCAGUGGGAACAACUUCAAUGGAUCAAUCCCUGCCAAAAUUGGUGAUCUAUCCACCUUGGUUUUCUUGGACCUGAGCAGCAAUCUGUUUGAUGGAACCAUUCCCCCACAGAUUGGGAACUUGAGGGAGCUUCAGUACUUGUCCCUUAACAACAACAAUCUUGAGGGCACUGUUCCUUUCCAGAUUGGGAAUCUGCAGAAAGUAUGGUUCUUGGACCUGGGAUCAAAUUACUUGGAGGCUCCUGAUUGGUCUAAAGUUGAGAGCUUUCCAGUGCUGAAACAUCUCAGCUUUAAUCUCAAUGAACUCAGGUCAGGGUUCCCAGGUUUCAUACUAGGUUGUUUGAGCCUGACUUUUCUUGAUUUGGGUCAAAACCAUUUGAAUGGAUCAAUCCCGGAGCCGUUGUUUUCUGGUUUGGGAAAGCUUGAGUAUCUUGAUCUGUCUACCAAUGAAUUCUCAGGGGAAUUGUCACCAAACAUCAGCAGGCUGUCCAGGCUUAAACAUCUGAGCUUGAUAAGCAAUUCAUUUCAAGGAAAAAUCCCAUCUUCCAUAGGCCAGGUUAAAGAUCUUGAGUUCUUGGAUAUUAGUGUGAAUCGCCUGGAUUCGAGUAUUCCUUCGGAGAUUGGUCUUUGCAGAAACCUCAGUUUCUUGGCUCUGGCUGGAAAUUCAUUGUCUGGGGAAUUGCCUUCAGAAUUGUCAUUUUUGACAGAAUUGUCUGAGUUGGGGAUAUCAGAUAAUUUACUUUCUGGUGCCAUUUCUCCUAGUUUUUUCUCCAAUUGGACCAAGAUAAUCUCUUUGCAGCUUCAGAACAAUUCCUUGAAUGGGAGCAUUCCAUCCGAGAUUGGAUUGCUCGAAAAUCUUACCAUCCUGUUCUUGUACAACAAUCAAUUCUCAGGCACCAUUCCACCACAGAUAGGAAACCUGAAUAGUUUGGCUCAACUAGACCUGUCACAGAACCAUUUAUCCGGUCCAAUCCCCCCGACGAUUGGAAGCCUCACAGCCCUCACUCUCCUCAGCCUUUUCGCCAACAAUCUCACCGGGGGGCUGCCACCCGGGAUUGGGAACCUGACAUCUCUCAUUUCCCUUGAUGUGAGCAGUAAUAGGCUAAGUGGGGAGCUGCCCGGCACCCUUUCCGGUCUCAGUAGUUUGGAGAUUCUUUCAGUGUUCACUAAUGCCUUCACGGGCAAUGUCCCGAGGGAUUUUGGGAGAAACAGUCCCAAGUUGUCCAAUGUUAGCUUUUCGAACAACGGGUUUACUGGAGAACUCCCACCCGAACUGUGCAGUGGCUUGGCUCUUGAGGAAUUGACUGUGAAUUGGAAUCGUUUCACCGGGAAGGUCCCGAGCUGCUUGAAGAACUGCUUAAACCUGUCUAGAAUAAGGCUUGAAGGGAACAGCUUUUCGGGGAAGAUUUCAGAGGCUUUCGGGGUCCAUCCGAAUCUCGAUUUUGUGUCCCUGAAUGGUAAUCAGUUCAGUGGUGAGCUCUCAUCUGAUUGGGGACAAUGCAAGAGCCUCACAAAUCUGGGAAUUUCUGGGAAUAAGAUUUCUGGCCCCAUCCCACCUGGAUUAGGGGACCUGUCUCAGCUUCAUGUCCUUACUUUGGAUGAAAAUGAACUGACAGGUGAGAUUCCUUCACAACUGGGGAAUCUAACCAGGCUCCUAACUCUCAACCUCAGCAAGAAUCAUUUGACCGGUGAGAUUCCUUGGAGCGUUGGCGACUUGACUAACCUCCAGAAUCUUGAUUUGUCGUCGAAUAAUCUAAAUGGAACAGUUCCAGAAGAGCUUGGAAAGUGUGGGAAAUUGCUGAGCUUGAGCCUGAGGAGCAACACCUUAUCAGGUGCUAUUCCUCCUCAGCUCGGGAACAUCCCGGGAUUGAGUAUCGUGUUGGACCUUAGUGAUAAUGCACUUUCUGGCACGAUCCCAUCGAACUUGGGAAAACUCAUCACACUCGAGAAUCUGAACUUAUCCCACAACCACCUCUCAGGAAGAAUCCCUUCAGCUUUGUCUAAUAUGGUCAGUUUGCAGGCAAUGGAUUUCUCUUACAACACGUUAUCCGGUCCAAUUCCUACCGGGGGAAAAUUCCAAGGAAUCUUCGUUGGGAAUCCCGGUCUCUGUGGAAAUGCAGAAGGCUUAACCUCAUGUAACCAAGCCGGGGGAAGAUCAAACUCGGGCAACAAAAAAAGAAAAGUGCUAAUUGCUGUCCUUAUUCCAGUCCUCGGCCUUAUUCUUUUAGCAGUGAUUGCUGGAUUCCUUGUUCUUCGAAGGCGAAAGAAGAGACUCGACGAAGAGAAGAGGAUCAGCAAGAAAUACGAGGCGUCCGAAUCCCUGAUAUGGGAAAGGGAAGUAAAGUUCACAUUUGGGGAUAUUGUGAAAGCCACAGAAGGCUUUAGUGAGAAGUUCUGCAUUGGGAGAGGGGGGUUCGGGACAGUGUACAAAGCGGGCCUCUCGACAGGCCAGGUCGUUGCUGUCAAGAAGCUCGACACGAUAGACAGCAACGAGAUUCCACUGACAAACCGGGCCAGCUUCGAGAACGAGAUUAGAACACUGACAGAGGUCAGACACAGGAACAUCGUCAAACUCUUUGGUUUCUGUUCCAAGAAUGACUCGAUGUACCUCGUUUACGAGUACGUGGAGAAGGGAAGCCUGGCAAAAGCCCUGAAUGAUGAUUCCGUGGCACUAGAACUAGGAUGGGGGACGAGGGUGAAAAUCGUGCAAGGAAUAGCCCAUGCACUUUCUUACCUCCACCACGACUGCUCCCCUCCUAUUGUCCACCGUGAUGUGUCGGUAAACAACAUCCUGCUCGAGUCAGGACUCGAGCCACGGCUCUCGGACUUUGGCACAGCCAAACUGUUGAGUUCAGACUCAUCCAACUGGACCACGGUUGCGGGAUCCUACGGCUACAUGGCUCCAGAGCUGGCAUACACAAUGCGCGUUACAGAGAAAUGUGACGUCUAUAGCUUCGGGGUCGUGGCAUUGGAAGUCAUGAUGGGGAGGCACCCGGGAGACCUGCUAACUUCACUAUCCGAGGAUACCCUUCUGAAGGACAUGCUUGACCCGAGACUCCCACCCCCCACUACCCACCCGGCAGAGGAAGUGGUGGCGGUGAUCACCUUGGCGUUGGCGUGCACGCGGGCCAUCCCAGAGACACGCCCUUCCAUGCGAUUCGUCGCUCAAGAACUGUCGGCUAAAUCGCAGGCCUGCCUUCCUGAGCCACUGGGGACUAUGACAAUAGCCAGACUAACCAGCAUUGAUAAAUAGAAAGGC